GGCCGCGCCGGGCCCCCCAACGGGAGGGGCCCCGGAUCGUUCGGAGCGGCGGAACCGCUGUGGCGCCCCGGCCGCCGGCGGUCCCAUGAGUCGGGGCACCAUGCCCCAGCCCGGAGCGUGGCCGGGCGCGAGCCGUGCUGAGAAGCUGGUGCGGGAGGCGGGGGCCGCGUCUCCGGGCCCCACGAGAGCGGCGGCGCGGGAGGGCGGGAAGGCGGCGGCCGGCGGGCAGCCGCGGUCCGCGGUGCUGUGCCCAGCCGAGCAUGAGGAGGACAUGUAUCGUGACGCGGAAGAAAUAGAAAAGGAGAAAGAAUUACUUACACAUGAAAAAGGGUUAUCAGAAGCCAGGUUAAGUGUAGCUCCUGAAAUGGACAUCAUGGACUACUGCAAAAAAGAGUGGCGGGGAAAUACACAAAAGGCCACAUGUAUGAAGAAGGGCUAUGAGGAAGUGUCUCAGAAGUUCACCUCCAUCAGACGCGUCCGCGGGGAUAAUUACUGCGCGCUGAGGGCCACGCUGUUCCAGGCGAUGAGCCAGCCGGCGGCACUGCCCCCCUGGCUGCAGGACCCGGAGCUCACGCUGUUACCGGAAAAGCUCAUAAGCAAAUACAACUGGAUCAAGCAGUGGAAACUUGGACUGAAAUUUGAGGGGAAAAGCGAGGACCUGGUGGAUAGAAUUAAGGAGUCCCUCACGUUGCUAAGGAAGAAGUGGGCAGGCUUGGCGGAACUGAGAACAGCCGAAGCAAGGCAGUUAGCUUGUGAUGAACUGUUCACAAAUGAGGAAGAGGAAUAUAGCCUCUAUGAAGCUGUAAAAUUUCUAAUGCUAAACAGAGCCAUUGAACUAUAUGAUGAUAAAGAGAAGGGAAAGGAAGUACCGUUUUUCUCCGUGCUUCUGUUUGCUCGGGACACAUCGAAUGAUCCUGGACAGCUGCUAAGGAACCAUCUAAACCAGGUGGGACACACCGGUGGCCUUGAACAGGUCGAAAUGUUCCUCCUCGCCUAUGCCGUGCGCCACACCAUUCAGGUGUACCGGCUCUCCAAGUACAGCACGGAGGAGUUCGUCACCGUCUACCCCACCGACCCGCCCCUGGACUGGCCGGUGGUGACGCUGAUCGCCGAGGACGACCGGCACUACAACGUCCCCGUCAGAGUGUGCGAGGAGACGAGUCUGUGAGGGGCGCGCCUGGGCAGCCUGGCCACGCGGCCGAGUACACGGGCCUCGCUUGGCUCGGGCCUUGGGCCUCCGGGUCUCUUGGAAUGGCCUGUGGGAACUCUUGGGCCCUGUGAGCCGGGCUGGACGGGGCUGUUCGGAGGACAAUUUCUGAUAAGAAUUAACCGAGUGUUUUCCCUCAUCUUGGAUGCAGUACGUUUCAGGGGCCUUUAGAGCACUUUGUGGGAGGUACAGACUGCGUCUUCUCUGUAAAGCAAAUCUCUGGUAUCAGAGGAGACUCAUUUUGGAAAGAAAUGUGUUCUUUAUGUCUCAGAAUCAAACUCUUUUUAAUUGUAAACUGGCUCUCCGUUUUUUCUAAGAUAGUAAUUUGUCGUGUUGGUGAUAGUGGGUGUCUGUAGGCCCUUCCUGUGCACUUGAGCUUACGUGACCUAACUCUGGAGGGCGUCUGUCCCCAGGGCAGUCAUCGCGGCCUCUGAUAGUCUUGUUGAUCAGUGGUUUGGAUUUACAUAUUAAUUAAAGCUAUUCUAAACAGAUUGUCUUAUAGGAGAUUAAAAACUGGGUCCAGAAAGGAGUUGCUAAAAGGAGAAGGAGCCACACGCAGGAGGGAUGCGACGGCACCUGAAACCUCUGACUGAGAACGUGACAGGCACCUGAGGUCACGGCCGCAGCUGGUCUGGUGCCUCGUGCAGGUGCUGUGCUGUCAGCUGGGGGCACGGCUUGGAGCUGAGCUCGGGCGUCGGGCUGUGGAUGAUUCUCGGUCUCACAGGUGCGCCGCUGGGUAGUGAGGAGAGCGCGGCGACUCCCCAGGUCUUUGAGAGGAGGAAGCCCGGGCCCCAGGACUUCAGGCCUCUCAUCUGAGCUCAAGGGUGGGGGGGAAGCUGGAUCUAGGGCUUCCUGUGCCCUUUCCUCGGGAUGCUUUUGAGGGUGCUGCCACUGCCAAGUUCGUGUUCCCGCCGGGGGGUGAGUCCUAGCGAAGUGUCUUAGAUUUUUCUUGAGUAAGGUGAAGCGGAAGCAAGUAGAAAAUUAAGUACACAAGUGGGGACUAGCGCAUCGGUGUGUGAUUUGAUUUCGGGAGGCGUGAGGGAGGAGGGAGCGUACCUGUUGGUGAGUGAUGCCGCCUGGAGGCCUGGUUGCGUGCGGUUAGGGCCGGAGUCGUCCACGGGGGGCGUAGGCCGUGUCCGUGGUUCCCCGGGACCAGGCACAUCGCUGCAGUGCUGUGUCAGCCCCUCCUGCCUGGGCUCCGCGUCUGUGAAGGUAGCAGCACCCUGAGGCACCAACCUUUAUUUUGUAACAGUUACAAUCUUGAUUUGGUUCAAUUUAGUGUAGUUAAUAAGCUAUCACAUGUUUGGGUGGAGUGGUGGGCCUUUUCUGAAGAUUUAAGUUUUGCUUUAUACUUAAAAAUUAAAAUUGUUUUGAGAAAACUCAGAGGACAUACAAAAAACUAUGCAGACUGUUACAUGAGUAUUUUCCCAUUACCUCAUCCAUGAUCCCACACUUCGGGAGGUGUUCAUUCUUCAGACUGUUUGAACUGGGUUUUGCUCUGAAUGUGCCUGAGUGUGUCGGAGAGGCUCUGUUUUUCACUGUGAAACGUCAUGGUGCCUUGAAUAAGGAGGUGCCUAGAAGCCAAAUUAAAGAAAUAAUAAUGACUUCUUA